UCUUCAGACCGGGAACAUUUUAAAAGUAACUGGGUGUGUGCAGUUUAUGGAUGUGUUAAGAGAACGGUGCGGUAACGUUUGUGCUAACGUUUGUCAAAUUUCGAAGCCCAUUCAAAAUAAGUAUUUACCUGGCAAAGUAUCAGCCAGGUAGUUCAUUUUAAUUCUUAAUGGAGCAAGAAGCACUGGAAACUCCCUCAGCUGGAACAAGCAACACUGGAAGCGACAUGACGGACAUCAUGGUGGUGGAUUUGGAGUCAUUUGUUCACGUUGAACUCGACAUGGAAAACAACAACGGGAUUUCUGAAGUGGGAAAUAAUUUGUCCGGUUUGAAUGAAGCUCAGUCUUUGAAUGAAGAGGAGGAUGAAAAUGAGAGUGACGAUGACAGCGGCACUGACCAUUUUAACUCUGAGAAGUCGGGCACUCAGCUGCAGAGGAGUGAGCGUCCUGCAGGAGGGAACUCUAAUGUGCCCGACACCUUCCAGACCAGCCACCUGCUGUUCUACGAGAGGUUCAGGGCCUACCAGGACUACAUGCUGGGAGACUGUAAGCCAUCGGAGGUGAAGGCGUUCACAGCAGACUAUCUGGAGAAGGUGGUGGAGCCGUGUGAUUGGUUGGCUCUUUGGUCUACUGAUGUCUUUGACGUCCUGGUGGAGGUGUGUGAUGUGGACUUCAAGGAUCUGAAGGCCUGUGUGCGGCUGGUGCUGCCCCUGCAGUGCGACACCCGGGGCUGUGACCUCACUGAGGAGGCCAUGAAGGUCCUGCUGGGCGCCUCCGGAGACAAAGUCCCCCUGCAGCAGCUGCAGGUGGUCUUCGAGCUCUCUGGGGACUUUGAUCAGACCGCCCUCGCUGUGGAGCACCUCAGGUUUUUCUAUGAACACAUCUGGAGGCAGUGGGAUGAGGAAGACGAAGAUGACUUUGACUACUUUGUUCGUUGUGUGGAGCCUCGUCUCAGGCUAUAUUACGACAUCUUGGAGGACAGAGUGCCAGCCGGCCUGGUGGCAGAGUACCAGUCCUUACUGCAGAGCUGCUCCCAGUGCUUCCAGCAGUUCUCCGUGCUGCGCAGCGGCCUCAGCACCGACUCUGACUCAGAGCUGGACAACGUGUCCAUGGUGGAGGGCCUGCAGCUCUACGACCAGCUCGAGACGCUCAGACGCAAGCUGCACAUCUUCGAGAACCCCCUGCUGAGGUACGUGCUGGGCUACAAAGGGAACGUCCCCCAGCAGUGUGUGCAGAGCCGGGGGCCGCGGGCCUCAGGAGUGAAGGGGGUGCAUGUGGUCACAGCCUCCUGUAGCAGCAUGCAGCUGCAGAGCCUCCUCUCUGACAGACUGCUGCCUCUGUGCUGCACUGAGGACACGGAGAUCCAGGUGUGCGUCAGGGCACAGUUCACAUGGAGAACUGUGUGCUGCAGUGUGAGACCACCGGAGUGAUCGUGCGGAACUCUGCCCGCCUCACCAUGAACAUGUGUGACCUCUACGGCUCCAAGGGGGCUGGUGUGGAGAUUUACCCCGGCAGUGUGUGCAGUCUGGUGGGUAACGGCAUCCAUCACUGUAAAGACGGGAUCCUCAUCAAGGACUUUGCUGAUGAGCUCGAUGUGAUGCCGUCCAUCACCAUGGAGAACAAUGUGAUCCACAACAACGAGGGCUACGGGGUGAUUCUAGUGAAGGCCAACAGCGGAGAACAGCAGGGAGUCCCUGCAGACCGAAGUGAAGAAGAACCCGCUGGCCAUACAGACUCUCAGCCGGGGGGGUCUGCUGCUCUCCUCUCCUCCAGCUCUUCAGCACAGAGCGAGUCCACUGAGGCUCGGCCCGACUCGGAGAGCAGCGGCACCGACGCAGCCUCCAGCUCCGGCAGGAAGUGGCACUUCAGCCGGCAGCUGAGCAGGAGCAAGGAGCCGUCGUGCAGCCGGGCCGUGCAGGACCUGAUGCAGCACCAGAUCUUCGUCUCCAUCCAGGGGAACCAGUUCAGGCGCAACGGCAUGGGCGACUUCGGAACUUUCUUCUACUGACGGACAGCUUUGUUUUUAAGAUGAUUUUUUUAUUUUGUCAUGAAUUAAAUACUGCUGAUUCGCACUGCCAACGGAGGUGUUCUGCAGAGAUGGAGAUCAUGCUCCUGUGAUCCUUCGGAGUUAUUAAAAGCUCUCUGACUUUG